AUGGCUGCGGGGCAGAUGCUUGUGCUGUCCGCCAAUGCUCCUGCCACUCCCUUGAUGCUGGUCCUUUACGCUCUUUCCAUUGUAUUGGUGCUGUUGUACAGCGCCCCCGUAAGUGACACGGUGGUGCGACACGUGCUUCCGCUACAGCAGUUCCGGGGUCCAAACCCCCGCACGAUCAUGAUGGAGGUGCUGAACGACGUGCCCAACGCACCCGCCGCCGCGGUAGCAGGUAGUGGGCCCAGCAAUCAUGGAGUGAAGAGUAACGCGAAAACCACGUUCAGUGGCAGGUGCCGUGGACAAAGGAAUGAUGAGAAUUCGCUGGCGCUGGAAGCGGCGAAGCAGUUUGUGUGGAGGCAACGGAUACGUGCGGUGCGGCAUGCGGACUACAUGCGCAUUGAGACGCUACACUUCGUAAAGCUGCUUGCUGCAGCUAUACCGCGUCUACGCCUUGUGUGGCGUGGCGAGGACUACUGUGCAUGGGAAGGUGUGACGUGCACGGCCCUGCGCUACCCACUAGAGACGCUUAUCGACGUGCCGUCUAUUCUCGCUGGGCGCCACAAGCGCGGCGUCGGCGACGCAAUGAAUGAGACGCUCAUGCGUGGCGAUGACGGUGUCCACCUCCUGGGUGGCGUGGAGGAAGACCCUGUAUUCACGCUGGUGGGGGUGCGGUUGCGGGGCAUGAAUUUGUUUGGUGUUUUGCAGGGACUGCGACCGAUCGGUGCCUCGCAGCUCGCCUCCCCAAUGUUGUCCUCCGAGGUGGCAACGUCUAUCAUGGGUACGCAGUACGGGCGGGCUCGGCGCAAGAGGGUCAAGCGGCGGCCAGCGAUUACAUCCCCGCGUGAGCCGCAGUACUGGCCGUGGGAGGCCACUGAUAUGCAGAUGUACGCCAGAAAGCAAAACUGCACGUGCGAGAUGGUGCGGUAUACCCUGCGACGCAUCUUGCGGCGGCUAGAACUGCAUGGGGAGCGGACAAACCAUCCAGAUCUUCAGGGGUUUGACCCAGUUUCGGCGCACAUCGCCGCUGUAAAAGAGGCAGUGAGCGGGAGUGGUGGUAUGGGGGACGGUGUCCGUGGCAGCACUUUACAGAUGCACCCCACCGCCUCGACGACGACGCCAUCCUCCUCCUUGUCAUCCCCGGCGACGCCAUCGUCUCAGCUCGUGAUGACUGCUACCAGCAGCAUCUCAAGAGUGGUGCACGACACGCUCCUGCCGCCGCUGACACGCCAAGACAUUGCACAGACUGUGUUUGGCGAGAUUGAGCCAAGAUUGGUGGGCAUCCAGCGCUUUGACAUCUCAUACAACCCCGGCAUUGUCGUUGCAGAUAUGCUAAACUGGUCCUUUCCAUACAUGCGGACAUUUGAUAUAUUUGGCACGACGCCACUGUCGGAAGCUGGCAGAAAGGCGCAGGAGUGA